GCGGAUAGCCCUGCAACGCGGAUGUUGAAGCGACACCGCCCAUUUCCUCUACGAGCUGAGUCUAUUUAAAGCUGCAUCCUCGAUGCCGCUGAAUGUCGCUUUCCAAUCUCUCGGUUGAGGAUGCUAGUCUCUCUUAUUGUCCUCAAACCUCGUAUCCUGUGAUUGUGUCAAUCUAAACCAUCUCACUUAAAGAUACGGUAUUUUGUGGGUAAUUUUGUACACAACGUGAUUUUCAUAAUUUCUGAGGCGAGCAUGCACUGGAUUAAUGUAUUAAAAAGCCCGUGCGUAGAGUGACGUCAUCCAGUAACCCCCGUAACAGUGGAGAAUAGAAUAGCAAUAACUAUCGAGCUAUCGAUUGUGAAGCUGAAUAUUUAAGUAUCCUUUGUUAGACGCGACGUCGCUCCUGCCUUCAUGUUACCGAGAAUAUAAUGUAAUAUGUUGACUGAAAAACACCUAUGAAUCUUUCCUGUGGAGAUAUGCGUUUGAAAUAAUACAUCCCUAUCUUCAAUGUCAGUUGAUACCGGCAGAGGAAGGAAAAGGAACCGCCUCGAUGUAACUGAAGGCUGACAUACGGGACUGACGAGAUCUUCACUACUGUGCUACCGUGUCUCUCGCUGUCUUCUCGAAACCGGCAUCGGGAAUUCGCUUUUUAUGCAGAAAGAUUCUACCAAGACGAGAGUGGGAUCGUUUAUAGGAAGUGUGUAUCGUUCGCAGUUUAGCCACGGAUUGUGUUGUGGUUGUAGGUUGGAUCUCUGGUGAAGAUUGGGGUACACACGACAUCCUACGGAGGUGGUGGGAUACCAGCACAUAGUAGCGGCAGUCUGUUGGAUCACAACAAACUCGGUCUUAUCAAACAUGGGGUGUACUAUGAGUGCAGAGGAUAGGGCCGCUGCCGAACGGAGUAGAGACAUAGAAAAAAAGCUCAAAGAGGAUGGGAUACAAGCAGCUAAAGAUAUAAAAUUACUACUAUUAGGAGCUGGUGAAUCAGGAAAAAGUACUAUAGUGAAGCAAAUGAAAAUUAUCCAUGAAGGUGGAUUUACAAGUGAAGACAACAAACAGUACAAACCCGUGGUGUACAGUAACACUAUCCAGUCCCUGGUCGCCAUUGUUCGCGCCAUGAGCACACUCAACAUCCCGUACGGCGAUAACGAACGAGAGGAGAUAAAGUCUGAUGCAAAGAUAGUCCUGGAUGUGAUAGCUAGAAUGGAGGACACUGAACCAUUCUCAGAGGAACUUCUCGCCGCCAUGAAACGGUUGUGGACAGAUACCGGCGUGCAGGAGUGCUUCGGGAGGUCAAAUGAAUAUCAGCUAAACGAUUCAGCGAAAUACUUUUUAGAUGACUUAGACCGAUUAGGAUCAAAAGAUUAUAUGCCUACAGAACAAGAUAUAUUAAGGACAAGGGUUAAGACGACUGGCAUAGUAGAAGUACACUUCUCAUUUAAGAAUUUAAAUUUCAAAUUAUUUGACGUAGGAGGUCAAAGGUCAGAAAGGAAGAAGUGGAUACACUGUUUUGAAGAUGUAACAGCAAUUAUAUUUUGUGUUGCUAUGAGCGAGUAUGACCAGGUCUUACACGAGGACGAAACAACAAAUCGAAUGCAAGAGAGUCUAAAGCUCUUCGACAAUAUUUGUAACAACAAAUGGUUUACAGAUACCUCCAUCAUUCUGUUCUUGAACAAGAAGGAUCUCUUCGAGGAGAAGAUCAAGAAGUCAUCACUGACCAUCUGUUUCAAUGAGUACACAGGAAACCAAACAUAUGAGGAGGCAGCUGCUUACAUUCAGGCUCAGUUCGAGGCUAAGAACAAGAGUUCAUCGAAAGAGAUCUACUGCCAUCAGACGUGCGCGACGGACACCAACAAUAUCCAGUUUGUAUUCGACGCCGUCACUGACGUAAUCAUAGCCAAUAACCUGCGUGGAUGCGGAUUGUACUAGAAGGACUGCGACCCGGCGAGGUCACUGGGACUGUUCCUAGGACUAGGACUAGGACCCGGCGAGGUCACUGGGGCUGUUCCUAGGACAGGGACCCGGCGGGGUCACUGGGGCUGUUCCUAGGACUGGGACCCGGCGAGGUCACUGGGACUGUUCCUAGAGCAUCUAUAUACAGAUCGGAAGUGAGCAUGUGUUGAGAUUUUUUAUGUGCAGUGUAAGAAUAUGUGACCUUAAUUUUAAAAAUAAAAUUAUGAACAAAAUACCAUUUAUGGCGAUGCCUGACUGCUUGCAGUGACAGAUCGGUUGACAACAGUAGGAAUCUAUUGUCGACACAAAUACGGUGUGAUAUCACAUGUAGAGCGGGGUGACACAUUUAGAGAGAUUGAUAUCUCUUGUGAACGACUAUGUGCAUUGGACUGCUCUCUCUCCCUCUCUCUCGCUCUGAGUGCAGAGUGACACGUUGCUAUAGAGAGUAGGAAACAUACUACUAGGCUACCGUCGCUAUCUGUUCUCUGAACUGCUCAGUAGCCUGAUGAAGUCAGUAUUGAUCGAACACUACGUGGUUCCUCAUAGACAGGCGUUGAGGCAAAAAUCGGUAAUCAAUACCAAUAUGUCACAGCCAUCUUGGAUUAAUAGCACGGCGUCAUACACCGGAAAUGACGUAUGCGAUGCGAUAUCCAAAUAAAACAAACUACAUAGCACAUAGACAACUCAAGAAGAAAAUAACAAAAAGGACCAGACGUGGAUGUAUCAUCUUCCUGUAGGCUUCUGCAUGAGAACUUUAAUAUUCUCGUAACGAUCAAUAUAUAUGGUUUUCUUUUCUUUCAGCCUUGAUACAACUCUGCAGCGUCACAUGGUUAUAUAUAUAUAUAUAACAUAUAUAUGCUGUAUUGUGUGAUAGCGGUGGGAGAAACGUGUAGGCCUGUGAACAAGCGACAAAUACAUGUAUCUAAUAAAAGGUAUUAUUUAGUUUGUAAAAGGCUACUUCACUUACAUGUGGACAAACACCAACGUUUGUCUUGCUAUUUAACCAUCACCCACUCGAGCUGUGCACACCGUACCUGUAAUUGUGUAAACUAUAUGUAAAACGAAAGUGAUGGAAUAUUUGCUAUAAAUGCGUGGUCCUAUAGACAAACCUAAUUCAUUCUAUUCUUUCAGCACUUCCAUGUUUCUUCAUUGUUUCGUAAUGAUAAUUUUUUAAUAUGAAUACGUUUAGAUGAAAAUUCUAAAACUGUAGAAUAUUAAAUAUGAAACUAGAUAUAACUUAACGGGUGAUAAAAGAUGGGAUCUUUCUGUGGAUAAAGUGCUUCGUUUUUCUCUUUUAUCAAGUGCAUGUUUAAAUCUUGUUGUAUAAGAACACAUCUGUCCAUGUGUUCUGUAAGUGAAUGGAUUGAGUGCCUGUACCGUAGCUUGCAGUCACAUUCUCUAGUUCAGUGUAUGUUUGUGUCAUAUUUAUAAGCAAGAUAAAAUAUAGUGUAUAUUUGUGGAUAUUUGUAAGUUUUAUCCUUUUUUUAAAUCUUGACAUAAAUGGAAAUAUAUACAAUACAAAUUAAGUAUUAUGUAACUCAUAACAACCAGUUUAUGAAUCGUAAUCACCUGCUCGAGCACUACCCUAUAUUGGGACCAUGAAAGCUUUGGCAGUUUGCCAAAGUUGUAAAAAGAAAAUGGCUAUCUAGCCCUCUUAGGACCUGCCAAGCGACGUCCUUUAUGGGCCUGGAGUAGUGGUAAGCUAGCCCCUUGGUACUUGCAGAAUGAUGUUAUACAUUAUAACAAUGAGUGGGGAGGGUUUCUAAGUAUAAGGGUGCGCUCUAAUAUGUUCUGACACCAUGUCAUACAAUUAUGAAUUUACAUAUCUCUGCUUCAACGGAUGUACCUGUACCUGUACAGGUAGUUAUAUAUUUACCUCCUAAAUACACUACUCCUGUGGCAUACCAUAGUGUACUUGUUUCCUUUGAUGCAAACAGUCCUGGACACGGUAGAUACAUUUUAUAACUUGAUGUCUCAUGUAACUGUAGUGGUAGACGUGUAUAGCCAGUCCUGUUUUCCUUUCCAUGACAAGAGUAAGUUGAGAGUUACCUCCUCUUUGAUGAGAGUUUGCAGAUCAGCUUAUCCGAAAAUAAAGCAUGUUUUUGACCAUGAUUAAUUGACAGGUCUACCGCCAUUACCGUUUCCAUGACUACCGUGUUAUUAACAUAUUUUUACAUCCAUGUUUAAUAUGCUAAUUAAUGAAAUCUACGUAGUCCAACUGUCAUGCGCAUAGCGACUUAAUUGAAAAGCGCCAGGGAUUUUUUUUAUUUUGUGUUUUUGCAACUGAAACAUCAACCUAGCAAAUGAAUAUGAAAGAAGUGAGUAGCAUAUUGUUGUGAUCUUGAGAAUGCCGGCAUUCUCAGUCAAGUUACAGUUUGGGGUACAAAUAAGUGCUCGGUUCUGCAUAUUUUUGAGAAGUGAUUUUAAAAAGUCUUUGACGUUAGAGAGACAAUUCACUUCCGGAAGAACCGUGAGAUUCCGUUGAUUUCGUGGAGAACGAGUGAAAUCACGGGCAGGUGCAAUUCAUGUUCAUUAUACUGUUUGUGGAAAAAAUGCUUUGAUACUAAAUGAAGGGCCCAAGUUAUGGGUGUUAACGGGCGAGUCUCUGAAGUAAGAACGCACAAUGUCUCUAGAUACAUCGACCGUAAAAAUGCUCAGCCAGUCCAAAAAAAAGUACCAUCACAGAAAAAAAAAAUAUGGCUUGUCAUCUCAGACGUUUUGGGUUUUUAUGAGGGAGAGACACGUUGGCAAGUUUGAUUUUGUGUUCGAUAUGAAAUCAUUGGGCAGAUAAUGCUCAGAGAAUUGAAGCUAGGGAGGGGCGGGGACCAAAUGUUUAAAUCUAUACAUGUUACUAUAGUGUUUACCGAGUCUUGCUGAUGUAUGUUGAUUAAGACGCUGGCACUGUAAGCUGUUUUAUGUUAGUAUGACAUAAACGCUCAAAUGCUGUAUUAUAAUAUAUAUAUAUUGGUGUACGUAAUAUCAUGCACGCCAACUGCCAGUCUCUUCUGUCGAGUUUAUUGUCAUCACGCAUGCGUCGAACGGUUGGUCGGUCAUCACGCACGUGUAUACCGGUUGGUCGGUCAUCACGCAUGCGUCGACCGGUUGGUCGGUCGGCUUAUUUAUUUAUUAUUGGUAUAUUAUAGAACUGUCGAGUGCAAUAUCUGAUUGUAUUGUGAUUCUAGUCGAUGUGUUAUGAAAGGUGGGAUAUAGCAGGGCCGGAGGAUGUGCGCGUGUGCCUUUCCUCUGUUGCGAUCGAUAGGGUUUAUUAAAUGUGUGUGGAAAACCUAGUCUAUUUUUCUUUUCUGUGUUUGUUAUUCAUUAUAGACUACAAAAACAGAUCGAAUGAUUGUUAUGAUAAUAUAGUACAUCAUAUCGCUUUAUAUCACAGUUCACUUUCUUCUGCUUUCUCUGAAUUAAUAAAAACGUUUAACCAACAAAAACCCUGCAAAAUAUCUUUCUACUUGUUCCGUGUAUAUCUGUAAGAAGUCGACGCAAAACUAGUAUAUUUAUGUUUAGCCAUGGGAGACCGCUGUUCCAUUGGAGUAGUGCUUUUUAAUCGGUUUAUUGAUGAUCAUUUGGAUUAUAGAUUCAUAACAUAAUAAUUAUUCAUUAAUUUAUCCACACAAAAAAUGUCUCUAUACUUAAUUUUAAUUUGAAUGUCGACAGUGGUGUUCCUAUAUUUUAACGUUGAAUAUACUAAUACGAUAUUUGCACGAGUAACAUUUUGCUUGGUAUUAAGAAGAUGUAAUAUUAUACCUGAUAGCACGUGUAACUAGUACACCUCCUCAAUGUGGCUUCUCGUGAACGGAGGCAACAAGACCGACACACGUGACUUUAAACUUACACAAAUAACUUGUAUGUUUUUACCGUUUCUGUUAUUUAACAGAAGUUUUUUUCUCCUUUAAGGAAGUAAUUAAUUAAUUUGUAGUCUCCAGCGCACAACUUUGAGUUAUCUUACCUUCCAUUCGUUUGUACAUUGACAAAUAUUGUCUUAAUUCAACAAAUUUGUGAUCAAGAUUUAACUACACCUAAAGUCAUCUGAUUUGCCAAGGAUUGUGCAUUAUCUAAAAUUUGAAUAACUAUGUGAGCUUUUGAUUUAGAUCUUGAUUGCUUUUGCUGAAUUUCGAACCAGACCUUAUGUGAAUUUACUCCCCCUUGCGUGACUUAUGAAAUUAAAGUAGGUAAUGAAUAUUAUCUUAAGAAUUGGAUUUAAUUUCUAAAUGAAUAUUUGGUAUCUGCGUAAAUAUUGUUUUGCUUGAGUAUGUGUUGGCUACGGUUGUUGAUUUUACUAAAAGGUCAAAGGUCAAAUGUGACUAUGAUGAUAGACUUUUUCUUUUCUCACCGAUUGAAUAUAUAUAUAUCUAUGUAUACCGUUUCUAUGACAACCGUGACCUGUUUGAUGUAAGGGGCGAUCACCCGAGCGUUGGAGUGCUAACGGAGGACUAUUUCAGUUGCUAGUUUGUCAUUAUGCUAAUUCGAUGUUUAUAUUAAAUUUGUUUAUGCUGAAUAUUCGUAUCUUGCUAGAAAUCCUACAAAUAAAAACACCACAUGUGUGGAAAAUGUUUUAGUUUCCCUUCAAAUUAAUUGUGACAAAAAUGAAUGGUAUGUGUGACAUCACUGGCAGAGACUUCAUUUAACCAUUUAUAAUGUCAAGUCAUGAAAAGUUAAAAGUACACGAAACAUUUUACAAACAGUAUAAAUACAUUAUUAAUGCCGCUUACCUCAUAUUUAUCGCAAACCAGAGAAGAUGAAAUCAAAAUCAUCUCCCUUAAAAACUUCUUUGGUGAUAAAUACGCGGUGUUACCUUGAAAAACUUCUUCUUUGGUGAUAAAUAUGUGGAGUUACCUGAAAAAAAAAGCCUGUUAUGAAUUUCUGUCUAUAUAAUGGUGAUACAUGUGAAUGGAGAAAUAUAAUUGUAUGGGCUCGCUAACUGUUGAUUCUGGAAUCACCCUUUAAACAUUAAUUACAUUUAAUCGGCACGAAUGGAAUACAGAAUUGUGUCACCAGUAUAUCUAACGUCAAAACAAAAUUGGCUGGUUUCACAAAAACAUGUUAAUUUGAACUUUGACCUCUUGGUUUGUCAUUAUGCUGUCUGUGUGAUGGUAGAAAGUUUGCCGAGUCUGAUAAGCCUACCGUAUGAUUACUAUUACUGUUGUAUACCCAUCAACGCUUUAGUCCCUUCCACUAGUGUUCUCACUACGUAAAGUAGUAUUAUGGCGUCAUCCGAUUCUCACCUGCGAUUCACAACAGCAAACCAAAAUUCUCUAAUCAGUAACAGCUGUACUUACUGUUAAACCACACCCCUUAUCAAUCAACCAAUCGUCAGUCAGUCUAUCUUUAGUCACCCACACACACAGGAAGUGACGUGCAACCUCGUUUUCAACAUAGACCGUUAGUCAUUUAAAAGUCAGUCUGAUCCGAUGGUAUGUAUUCCUCAGACAAUAUGUACCAUCCCUAUCAAUCACCACAAUGCAAAACUGUAUCGCCGAUCUCUUCAUAAGAUGUAGACGAAUUGCAAAAAUGAACAAAAACUUGUUUGUGUCAUUGUCCCUAUCUUAAAUUAACUUGAAAUAAAAACCUAGCAUUUUAUCAUAA